ACGGUGGUGAUAACGAUGGCCACCGGAACACGGCCAAAAACCGCAGCUCUGCUUCCACACUCGAUUCAGUCUCUUCUCCUCGACCCGUUCGAGAGGAGACCGCUGGACGAGCAGCUGCAAAUCAAAGAGAGCGGACCCGACCGACCGGAACUCACGGUUUGCCCUCCCGCCGGGGAGAGGGCAGGUAAAAUGAACAGCCGGGGGUUUUCCCGGAAGUGGUACAGCAGGAAGUCUUGGCUAGCGGGAUGCAGCAACUCGAACGCCUUCUUUUGCUUCCCGUGUUUACUUUUAAAAACCGCCGGAGCGGACACAGCAUGGACGGUCACUGGAAUCCAAGAUAUGCACCACAUAUCCGAGAAGAUAAGGAAGCACGAGUGUUCGAGGGCGCACCUGGUGAACACCAUGGAGCUGGCCACGCUGGGCACGGGGAGCGUCGCCGAGCAGCUGGACGAGAACAACCGGGGCCGGGUGAGGAGGCACAACGAGGAGGUGCUGAAGAACCGGCACAUUCUAUCCAAGUUGGUUGACUGUGUCCUCUGCGGAGCGUUCGAGCUGGACUCACGCCUCCAUGGGGACACAGCGGACACCACCGGCCGGGGGUUGGACGGCUGCGUGGCCUCGCUGGACUCCGUGUUGGAGGAGCACCUGAAGAAGGCCACCGUGUUCAGAGGCUCCUCGAAGACGGUGCACCAGGAGCUGCUGGACUCCAUGCUGUCCGUUCUCAAGGAAUGUAUCCUGGACGAGGUGCAAGGCGCCGAGUAUCUCGCCAUUCAGGUGGACGAAACCACCGGUGUCUCCACCCACAGCCAGUUGGUGCUGGUGCUGCGGUACAUCGACCGUCGCAACAACGUGCAGGAGCGCUUCUUCGACUUCAUCCCGCUUCAGGAUGCCAACGCGGACUCGAUCGUCGCAUCGCUGCUGGAGAGGCUGAGCACGCUGCUCCCCGAGGGCCGGGAGAGCCGGCUGAUCGCCCAGGCCUACGACGGGGCUGCUGUGAUGAGGGGGGCAAAAGGUGGAGUUCAUGGCCGGGUCCUGGAGGUUUACGGAAAUGCUCACUACGUCCACUGCUACGCGCAUCACUUGGACGUCAUCAUGGAGCAGGCGACGUCACACAUCCCCCCGAUCAGAGCGUUCUUCUCGGACCUCGGUGGGUUCUCUGAAUUUUUCUCCAGGUCCUUCAAGAGAACCAAAGUGCUGGAGGAAGUGGUGGCACGCAGACUUCCCGGAACGUCAACAACCAAGUGGAACCUCCACACUCGUGCUCUUAAACCCGUGUACGAGCACCAGGACGACCUCCUGCUGUGUUUCCAGACCAUCAGAGACUCGAGUCACUUCGAUCCUCAAACCGUCAGAGAGGCCGGGGGCUUCGUGCGGAUGCUUCAAGACGAAGAUUUCUGCUUUUUCCUGGCAUUGUUUCACAAGAUCAUGCCCAACGUGGACACGCUGUCCAAAGAGUUGCAGAAGAAGAACAUCAUAACAAAUUACUCGACCAUCAUCUCAGGAAUCAUCCAGAGCUUCACCGACAACAUGCAAAAGAUCAGGGACUCCUUUCCUUCUUUGCAUGGGCAAACCAGUGGGUCUGUGCAGGAGCAGCCCAGAAAGAAGAAGAGGACACUAGGACAAGGAGAACACCAGCAGUUGGCUACAGAGGUAUGUGAAACCAUUUUGAGCGACGCCAAGGACAGGUUGUCUUUCACCAAGCACCUCAUCAGUGCCACCCUCUUACGAGGAGACCUGUUCCCAGAGCACGACAGGAGGUUCCCCGAUUCAGCGCUGGAUACCACAGUGGAGGCCUACCCCAUGUUGAGCAAGGCCAAGCUGAAAACCGAGCUAUCCCUUAUAUACAAGAACAACGAGUUCAGAACCUGCAGUAGUGCAUUGACUCUGUUCCUGUUCUUCAUGGAGAACAACCUCCAGGACACCUUCACUGAGACGGUCAGUCUCCUCCGAAUCCUGAUCACUACACCCAUGACAUCAGCAGAAUCAGGGAGGUGCUUCUCCACCUUAAAACGGAUCAAAACCUUCCUGAGGAACACCAAGACACAGGGACACCUGAAUGCUCUGGCUAUGCUCUCCAUGGAAAAGAAGCUAGUCCGAAACAUCCCUGACUUCAACAACAGGGUCAUUGAGAGAUUUGCUAAUCAGAAGGAAAGAAGGGCAAAAUUCCUCUACAAAUAAGAUGUCCCACACAGACACACACAUGUUCCCCUGACCCAAUGUGCCUUUGAAUAAAGUUUACCUAAUUAGGAAUCCUGCAGUAUAUGGCUCCUCCUUUUAAUUGUCUUAAUAGUACUGUAUGUGUUUCAGGAAUGUGAACUUAAUAAACACUAGUAACCAGACCCAGUCUGUAGACUAAUGAUUCAUAAU